CGGCAGCAGCCCGGCGAUUUGCACCCCCAAGGAUGCGGGCAUCGGGACCCCGUCCCCUCAAAACCCCUCUGGACGGCCCCGCACGGCGGUUGUUCAUCCGCACCACGCGCAGCACCUCCUCAAGCACGGCACCCAUGCUUACCCGCUUCGGCGAUCUCCCCACACCGGUCGCCAGCCCCAUGCACGACGUCACCCACCGCAGCACCAGCCCGUUCCCAGUCGCCGGCCACGUUGGAGCAGACGUGCCAACGCGCUUCUCGAUGGCCAUGACGGAUUUCUCGGGCUUCCUCAAGGACGACGGCGCGCUGGCCACCGCCAGCACGGACGCGAGCCCGGACUACGUCUCGGUCGACGCCGAGCAGCUGUCACAGUGUUUGUCGUCGCCGCCCGACAUGGCGGACGCGGACCCGUACGGCUGGGAGGCCGAGCUGGAGAAGCGCCUGCAGUCUGGCGGUCUGGCCGAGUUCUGCCCCGUGCUGCAGUUCCGGCGGGCGAGCGGCGCCAGAAUGACGCUGCUGCGGCGCGUGCUGAGCCUGGGGCCUCGGGAGGGGUGAUUGCUUCCGUCCAUCCCCUAUCUGCUGCUUUAUCUCUUUUCUUUGACAUUUUUGGCUUUUGUUGGGGCUUUUCGGGCUUGGGAUGACGGUAGCGGUGGGCGGUGAAAGAUACCCCGUGGCGUGUCUGUCUGUCUGUCUGCUCUGGGUUGUUUGUGUGGUACGGUUUUAUUAGACUGGGUUGGUUUGGGUCGGUCGGGUUUUGGCCGGUGAUAUUGGAUGAGUUGUGGUGGGGUGGGUGUUUGAGUCCCAUGGCUCGCCCUCUCCGGUCUGUCGCGCUCACGCGGUAUCUAUGGGUGACGAUUUCAUUUUUUAUUAUCUCGACGUUUACGUGGCAUGGCAUAACUAACGGCGUGCGGCUCUGUAAUGUCUUUAUCCUCACUCUUCUAUCUCUCGUCCUCUCUCUAUGCCCGUUUUCCUUUUGUCGGCAACUACAACUACUUACUACUACUAUGUAUGGUACAUACAAAACGCGGAGAAAAGCAAGCGGGCGUUUUAGGGCGGCGGAUCGGCCGGGCGCGGGGCCCUGGCAUGCAUUCAUACACCAAAAGCGUGUUUUCUGUCGUUGUCGUUCAUCAUCGUCGCUGUCGUUGCCAUCGCCGAUGAUCGUCAGGUGGCUCGUUCUACUACGUACGAUUCGAAAGGAUGGGGUAACUGGACAGCCCACAUGUGGCCCUGCGUUUGAGGG